AUGUUGUAGCAUCUACGAACAAGGUAAAUUGAAUACUCGAUUCAUACUUGUAUAAAGAACCUAAUACGUACGGAAUCUGUAAAACCACUAGAUCCCUCUAACUAAAAAAUUGGAGUGAAUAGGAUUUAAUUAGUCGACAAAUGUUUAUACAGUGAACUACUACAACACACACACACAUUGCCAUACUUGACUUGAAUAAGUGUGUUUAGCAAAACGUUCCACGUCAAGAAAAUCAAUUUUAAAAAACACUAAACAGACGAUGCUUAGCAUUCAAAUGAAAAACAUUUAUAGACAUUAACUACACUACCCAUCACCUUGUUAGCGGGAUAUAGACUGGAUUAAAGCAUGCUCAAUGCAUGAUUGCUUUGGUGCACGCUGAUUGGCUAAUUCUUAUCCAAUCAGCACUAGUCGAUAGUUGGAGAACACUCUGGAAUCUUCUUAUGUAAAAACUAUAAAUAUACUGACAUUUUCUCUAUUGUGCUUCUGACUUGCUUCUUACUUCCAUCUAAUCUUGUUAUUUGGAAUAUAAUCUCUUUCCUGUUCAACCGUGUUUUGAUUUGGGGACUUGUCGAGUGAAUCGGUGUCCGAGAAUACUAAGCAAUAGGAAUAGCUGGGUCAUAACCGUAAGAAGAAAGAGAGUUAUAACAGUGGCGACGGGGAAAAAGGAAAACAAAUUCAAGAUGCCCAUAUCAGAUGACCAGCUUAACCGAAUACUACAACAACAGCAAGCACAACUUGAUGCACAAAUGCGGUUGUUGGAGACUCUGACUCAACAGCUCAACAUCCACAGCUCGCGUUCACAUGCUAUUUCAAGCACGCCUUGUGAUGCAGUUGCUAGCAGCAUCUCAGAAUUCAUCUAUGAUCCCGAAAGUGGAAAUACUUUUCUCACGUGGUUCAAACGUUGGGAAGAUACAUUUAGAACAGAAUUCUGUAACCAAGACGAUGCGUGGAAGACCCGAUUGUUGGUACGUAAGUUGGGAAGCAGUGAACAUGCACGUUUUGCUGACCAUAUAUUGCCAAAGUUACCUCGAGAGCUCAGUUUCGAGGAGACGGUAUUUCAGUUGUCAGAGAUAUUCGGCGAGUCAUCCUCGUUGUUUAGUAUUCGAUAUCGGUGUCUAAAUUUGGUGAAACGCGAAGCUGAUGAGUAUGGUGUUCUAGCAGACAUUGUCAACAGAGAAUGUGAACGUUUCAAGUUACGCUCGUUGACUGAUGACCAAUUUAAAUGCUUAAUAUUCAUCAAAGCUCUUCAGUCACCACAAGAUGCUGAGAUCAGGACGAGACUUUUAGCUCGACUGGAUCAAGACCCAAACGUCACACUCAGAACAUUGACAGAUGAGUGUAAGCGUCUACAAAGCAUAAACGUCCUCGACAUGUGAAAUCAGCCGAGUCUAAAUCUCUUUCUCUGGUAGCUGCCUUUCAAACAAACUAUGACAUUCAGAGAAAGUAUGUUACCAUCCAGAUAAACGGCAUAUCAGCUCGUCUUCAAAUUGACACGGCAUCAGAUAUCACGUUAGUGUCUAGAGAAACGUAUAACUUGCUGGGUAAACCGCCAAUGAAGCCAUCUAAGAAAAGGGCUAAAAACGCAUCAGGUGGUGUGCUAAAACUGGUUGGUGAAUUACAGUGUGAAUUUUCCUUCAAUGGAACUAACUGUACAGGAAUAUGUUACCUAACAGAACGGCCGAACCUUGAUCUUCUUGGUCUAGAUAUGUUAGACAAACUUGGAAUAAUGGAUGUACCAAUUAACAGUGUCUGUAACGUAUCGUGUUCAUCAUUGGACACCCCAGUACUUCCAAAGAAGACAGGUGAAAGGUUACUAGGAAAACUGAAAAGAAAGAUACGAACACAUUCCGAUGUCAUCCGUCCUACGCCAGCUAUUGAACCCCAACGAAACCUAUCGAUGGAGAAUCAGUCCAACCGACAUCAUGGGGCACAAAGACGAUUGUUCACGGUGGGACAAAAAGUGCUUGCUAUGGACUAUCGUGGGAAACAUCCUACAUGGACAGCUGGUCGGAUCUUGAAAAAGAAGGGGAGUGUGGUUUACGAGGUGUCAGUUGGCUCGGAAGUUUGGGUACGUCAUGCUAACCAAUUGAAAGCAACUUCGAUAGCCAGCAACAAGAUUCAAUAUCGAUUACCUCUUGAUGUUCUGCUAGACACCUUUGAAAUCAAAACGCCGGGAAUAGACACAUCAGUUUCUGUGCAAGAAAAGAGUGAUACUUCUCUAUUGCCUAGACGAUGGACUAAUCGAAAGCACAGGCCAGUCACUCGGUUGCAGUUCGACCCUAGCACCAGAUCCUACGAAUCUGCUCAAAGGGGAGGUGUUAGCGGGACAUAGACUAGAUUAAAGCAUGCUCAAUUCACGAUUGCUUUGGUGCACGCUGAUUGGCUAAUUCUUAUCCAAUCAGCACUAGUCGAUAGUUGGAGAACACUCUAGAAUCUUCUCAUGUAGAAAACUAUAAAUAUACUGACGUUUUCUCUAUUGUGCUUCUGACUUCCAUCUAACCUUGUUAUUUGGAAUAUAAUCUCUUCCUGUUC